UCAAACUCUUAUUCUGUAAAUUUGGAAUAUUUCCCUUUGGAAGAGCUUGUGUGCUAGUACUAGAAAUUUGAAAACUUUAUCUUGAUUCUAUGUUUUGUUGUUUCAUUCUCAGCACGCGUUUUGAUUCAUAGAAAAGUGGUCCCCUUUUUGUUUCUUCCCUUCCUUUUUUCUAAGGCAACCUUUUUAUUAGCUUUUGUUUUUUUCCUCCAUUUUCUUUUAUAUAUCUGUUAAUGCAAAUCGAGCACUAGUUUGGUUUUAUCUUCUUCUGUGCUUCUGGUUUCUGGGAUUGAUCACCUGCUAGGGUAGAUACUUCAUAUCUUGGCAGAAAUUGUAAUAAAGUUGAACCAUCACAGAGGAUGAAUGGGCAGAAAAUUAAGCGCAGAGUGGGUAAAUAUGAGGUAGGGAGGACCAUUGGGGAGGGAACAUUUGCAAAGGUGAAAUUUGCAAGGAACUCUGAGACUGGGGACCCUGUGGCUCUUAAGAUUCUUGACAAGGAGAAGGUUCUCAAGUAUAUGCUGGCUGAGCAGAUCCAGCGAGAAAUAGCCACAAUGAAGUUGAUCAAGCAUCCAAAUGUUGUUCAACUGUAUGAGGUCAUGGGGAGCAAGACAAAAAUAUACAUUAUUUUAGAGUUUGUGACUGGGGGAGAGCUUUUUCAUAAAAUACUAAACAGUGGACGAAUGAGGGAAAAGGAAGCACGCAGAUAUUUCCAGCAGCUUAUAAAUGCCGUUGACUAUUGCCAUAGUAGAGGUGUCUACCACAGAGACCUGAAAUUAGAGAACUUACUAUUAGAUUCUUUCGGGAACCUUAAAAUUUCUGAUUUUGGAUUGAGUGCACUUUCCCAACAAGUCAGGGAUGAUGGACUGCUUCAUACAACAUGUGGAACUCCAAAUUAUGUUGCUCCUGAGGUCCUUAAUGAUGGAGGCUAUGAUGGGGCAGCUGCAGAUUUGUGGUCAUGUGGUGUGAUUCUCUUUGUAUUGCUUGCAGGCUACUUGCCUUUUGAUGACACUAAUAUUCUGAACCUGUAUAAAAAAAUAUCAGCUGCUGAAUUUACUUGCCCCCCUUGGCUUUCUUUUAGUGCCAGGAAAUUGAUAACUAGAAUCUUAAAUCCCAACCCCGUGACUCGUAUCACUGUAUCGGAGAUUCUGCGUGAUGAAUGGUUUAAAAAAGAAUACAAACUUCCAGUUUUUGAGGAGACAAAGGAGAGAAACACUGAUGACAUUGAGGCCAUCUUUAAAGACAGUGAAGUACACAAUGUAAGAGAGAAGGAAGAUCAGCCAACACCUAUGAAUGCAUUUGAAUUGAUAUCCUUGUCCAAAGGGCUGAACCUAGAAAACUUGUUUGACGUAGACCAGGGGUUUAAAAGAGAAAUAAGGUUCACAUCAAAAUGCUCUGCCAAUGAGAUAAUCAACAAGAUUGAAGAAGCUGCAAAACCUCUUGGUUUUGAUGUGCUGAAGAAAAAUUUCAAGAUGAAGCUUAAAAAUGUGAAAGCUGGAAGGAAGGGAAACCUUAAUGUUGCCACAGAGAUAUUUCAGGUGGCACCUUCUCUUCACGUAGUUAAGAUUAAUAAAGCUAAAGGUGAUACAUUGGAGUUCCUUAAGUUCUACAACAAUCUUUCAACACGCUUGGAGGAUGUUGUUUGGAAAAAUGAAGAUGACAUGGACGAUGCGAAGUGAAAUUGAUGCAACCACCAAUGUUGUUUUUUUUGGGGUAUAGCAAUGUCCUACUAUGAUCCAUUGCUAUCAUUGAUUGUUGUCCACAUUAUUUUUGGUAGGUUUGGUGGGCAUAUACCAAUGUUUUCCUUGAAUUAUUGUUGGAAAAUCGAGUUUAUGUCAAUACUCUUGUAAUGUUGAACUAUGUUCAUGAAACAAGAAAUAUGGAAAAACUUACUUGGACAUUGUAUAUAUCCAUUUUGUUAGUAGCGA